CAAUCCACUCGUGUUCCCUGCACUGUGGACUGUGCGCCACAGCAGACCAAGAGCGGGGCACACAGUAGUGUACAGCGGCGGCAAUAUCUACUGUUGUAACAGGAGGGCGACUGUUCACAGUCUCUGAGGCUGACUGGUGUAGUUCGGAGUCCCGUAAAACUGACUCUGUACCUUAAACCGCUGGUGCAUCUCUGAAAAAGAAAUCAACAAUAUUGUUUCUGAGGAGCGAGAUCAUUUCCGUUUUCCAAAGCAAACACAGUCUGCGGGGGUCGGGAAGUCGGUUGCGUUAAACCUCCUUACCCAGGGACGCACAAAAGACGCACUCCCAAGUCCACCUGGAUAGCUGACGGAAGCCGUCCGGUCCGGUUCGAGGUCCAGCGGGGAGAGACGGUGAGGAGAAAUUAGCGCGGAAGAAGAGCGAGGAACUGAGAAGACAGGAUGAAUCUCAAGAGUCAUUUGAUUUUCACCCUCUACACUAUUUAUGGGAUUCUUCUGAAAGUGAUGGCUUCAAAAGGCAAAGUUCGAGGCAUCAGCGGUCAGUACCCUCUGGUUCAGAAUGUGACGGUGACAGAGGGUGGGACGGCGAACCUGACCUGCCGCGUGGAGUAUAAUGACAACACCUCCCUCCAGUGGUCAAACCCGGCACAGCAGACCCUCUUUUUCGGGGACAAGAAAGCUUUAAGGGACAACAGGAUUGAGCUGGUGCGUGCAUCAUGGUCGGAGCUGACCAUCAGUAUCAGUGAUGUCACGCUGUCUGACGAGGGCAUGUACACCUGCUCUCUCUUCACCAUGCCUGUCAGAACAGCCAAAGCCUAUCUGACUGUUCUAGGUGUACCGGAGAAGCCGGAGAUCGAUGGCCUGACGAAGCCCGCCAUGGAGGGAGACCACAUCACUCUGACCUGCAUCACUCAGGGCAGCAAGCCCGCCGCUGACCUGCGCUGGUUCAGGAAUGAAAAGGAGGUCAAAGGUGCCAAAGAGGUGAACGCAAGUGGGAAGACAUUUACAGUACGGAGCUCUCUGCAGCUGCAUGUGGACAGAAAUGAUGAUGGAGUGGCCUACACCUGCAGAGUGGACCAUGUGGCACUCACACAGACACCGCAGCAGGCCACUGAAGUACUGGAGGUCCACUAUGCUCCACGUGUGGAGAUCAUCCACUCUCUUGCAGUCCCUCAGGAGGGUCAGUACUUGAAGCUGGAGUGUGUGUCCAAAGGAAACCCUUCGCCAGAUCCUGUGAUGUGGACAAAGGAUGGCGGUGAACUUCCUGACCUGGACAGGAUGAUUGUAGAGGGGAGGGAGCUCACCUUUACUUCACUCAACAAGACAGACAAUGGCACCUACCGCUGCGAAGCCAGCAACCACCUAGGGACCAGCAGUGCUGAAUAUGUACUCUACGUCUAUGACGCCCCCACCACCCUGCCUCCAUCCACCACUCCCCCCCUACAUCCCAUCCCUCCAGAUCCUACUGCACUAUUAGGCACCCACGCCUCAGACCGCAGAGUCACUGGCAACAGAGAUCCCAACGCACUGGGGCAGCACGGCACUGACCAUGCCUUGAUCGGAGGAGUGGUGGCUGUAGUGGUCUUUGUCACCUUGUGUUUAAUCAUUGUUCUGGGAAGAUACCUGGCCAGGCAUAAAGGAACAUACUUGACAAACGAAGCCAAAGGAGCGGACGAUGCGCCCGACGCUGACACAGCCAUCAUCAACGCUGAGGGCAACCAUGCACACGCGGAAGAAAAGAAAGAAUACUUCAUUUAGACUGCAGAGGGAGCUGUGCAGCUCUCUCCUUCCCCCUUUUUCCUCUUUCAGUCUCUGUAUCUCUUUUUCUCUCUUUCUGUCUCCCCCUUUUUCUUCUCCACCUCUGACCACUGCCCCCGUCAUGACCACAAGGAACCUGCAGGCAGUCCACAGACAGAGAAGUUCCCCAAGUGUUUUCCUGUUAUUGCCUUUUGUUGAGCCCAUCUUCUAUCAUUUACAUCUCGUCCUUUAUUUCUUUGUCUUUUGUGUUCUUUCUCUUUUUGGCAGCCAGUUUUCACAGGCAGCUUGCUGUUGCUGCUGAAGUGGUACCCCUUGUUAUAUCUUUCCCCAUCUUUGACAUGAAUUCCUGGAUAUCUGUGUAUCUACCAUGACUGCUUCUUACAUGACCCCUUGUUGGUCCUCUUUCCCUUUCCCUACAAGCAGACACCCAAACACAUACUAUACUCCCCUUUGUUCAUACACGUCCACAAACACAUAUCAUAUUUCACAUCAACACGGUGCCUAAAAAUACAGACGCCAUUGAACUUCUGUCAAUGCCUUCAUGUAUCGUCUGUCAGUAGCAAUGUAAAUGCUUUGUAGAUGGUUUUAACUGGACCAUCACUUCAUUGCUUAGCUCACAGCUUUUGAUUAUGUUUUGCGGCUUUUUUUUUUCUUUUCUUUUUUUUUAUUUGAAUGAAGAUCUGUGCUGUUUACGCCUUAUACAUGUCUAUCACACUGAAUAUGGUACUUUUAGACGCUCCACCUUCCCCCCGGCCCCAUCCCUUCUAAGUAGACUUGUAAUUUAACAGUUGACCCUUGUAAGAUACGCAGAAGGUUUUGUGUAACACUGUAGCAAGGUAAGUGUAUAAUAUGAUUUUAAUUAUUAGGGUAGGGGUAAUAAAGGGUAGUGUGGUAUUGUUUAGAGCAGAGAAUACACACCAAAAAUAUAUGAAAGAUGCUAGAUGAAGCAUUCCAUCAAAUAAACUCAAUCAACUAUAUAUAAAACCAUUUGCUAAAUCUGCUGUCCCUAUGUACUUUUGUCUGUAUACUCCUGCACUGUUCAGGCUGCAGUUUAGCGAACCACCAACACCUUCAGUGUCCUCUUGACAGCUUACAGUAGUUUGUUAUUCACAUAAAAGGGUUCAGGUGUACAGAACGAGUCGAUCUCCUCUCUCUAAAAGCUGUAUAAAUUGUAUUGAAGUGAGUUUAGCUUUUCACUUUGAAGAUUUUUUGUUUAUGUUUAUGUCACAUUGAAGUAAUUUUAAGGCUGAAGGACCCCAUGAAAUGUAAAAUGGACCUUUAGGAGUUAUUGCAGGCUGAAAACAAGUACACGGUUACAGUAUGUACAGGAGUUUUGGUGUUAAAUUAAUUUUUCUCACUCUGUCUGUAAUGUCAUUUUGAUUGAUGCCUCUUGAAAGCUUGAGGUCCAGGCAGCUUUCCAUAGUAGUUUGUAUACAAGUUCUGUUCAUUUACAGGCUCACAGAUAAGCAGCCAAUCAUAUUAUUACUCAGUAUGAAUAGUGAUAACAUCAGUUCAACUAAUAUCGCAUUUUUUUUGUUUGUUCGCUUGUAUUGCCACCUUUCUGUUUAACUAGCUUAUAACAAAUUUAGUUAAACUGUAGAUAUCAUAACACAUCACAGGCUACACGCCCACAUCUCAGACUGCAUAACUGCUCCUUUUAUUUCAGUUUUGUCUGAGUCGCUCUCCGUGAACUGAAUUUUAAUUUCCAUUUCAUGGGGUCUUCAAGCAAAAAAAGAAAAAAAGAAAAUGGAAAAAAAGAAAAAAAGGAAAUAGUGUGUGAGUGCUGGGUCAUAGAUCUGCAGGGGCCUCCUUUCCAAAACUUAAAACUGAAGACAAAUAGAGAAGCACAAAAAUGUCUGAAUGAAUAACUGUGUUCCUUUGCCAACAACUAGAUCGCCUUGGGAAUGGUUCUUCUGUUCCAGUGGGUAGUGGAAAGAUGACAAGGCUGUCUUUGAUUUAAUUCUGGGGAGAAACAAAUUUAAUGCAUCUUUUUGAAAAUGUAAGCUGAAUCAUGUUUUUUAUAUUAAAAAAAUGUUUCUAAUAUUUUUGGUUUAAAUGGUUCUAAGCUCCCUGCUGUAUAUUGUGUCUGCUAAAAUGUGGUUGAUUGUGAAAAUUGCUGUUAAAUUCUGGAUUCCCGUAUUCCUUCAAAUUUGUAUAUUAGCCACCUUAUCUAUUUACUUUUUGUUCAUUUUUUCAUUGCAUAAUCCUUAUUAGAAAUCUUUUAAACAAAUGUAUUUUUGUUUUGGCACAAGGCAUGUAUAUAAUGUGUGAGAACUAAACUUUGGUAAUACACAUUAGCAUGUUUUUGUUUGGUUCUUUAUCAUGAUUAAUUUAUUUGAAUUGAAAUUAUUUAAGAUAGAACCAGAGUGGAAGUAUAUUUGUAACUUACCUUUGGAGAACAGUGGCUUCUUGUGUUUGUGGCAUGCUCUUGGGUGCUACAAAUCUAAAGGAUUGGUGUUGUAGAAAAUCUCAUUAACAAAAAGGAAAAAAAUACAAAACUCAUGUGAAACAAAUGUGGAAAAAAACUAAUGAUGUCCCAUCCAAUGGCCUUUUGUCCACAGAAAUAGUAGAAAAUGUCCUUAAAUGCAAAUUGGAAUUGAAAUGUCUCAAAAAAACAUUGAGUUUAUGUAGGAGGCAAUGAAAGUUUCACACGCAACUAGGCAAGCAUAACAUAUCCUGGUAAACAACUUCUGUUUCUUUUCAAACGUCCCAGCUAUUCGUCUUUCAUCAGUUUGCAGGAAUUUGGCUGAUUUACUCUCCUGUGAAAGAGUGAUAAACACUGUGGCCUCUGGAAUGAAAGACUUAAAGGCAAGGCACUAAUCUACCAAAAGGGAGCAAAUUAUUACCAAGGGCAAUAAAAUAGUGGGCCCAGCUGUCUCCAAUUCAGUGGCCAAUUUACAACAUUAUGCAAAUGAGGUCAGCAAGUAAGGUCUUUCUCUAUGUGUUAUAACUCAAGCAGUGCUGGAGUGAAUCACAAGUUGGGAAUUGUUUGAUCGAUCACCUCAGUUUUUGCCCAUCGCCACUGAUGUAGGAUUUAGGUUGCAUAUAAAUAGAUACUUUUUUUAAUGUAGAUGUUUUGCCACAGUUUAUAUAUUUUACAAUUUUAAUGCACUCCAAUCAAUACACAAUUUACAGGUAUAACUUUAGCCUCACCACGAACCUAAAGACUAAAGUGUUGUAGACUGGCUCUGAUCUUUAGAACCCUUCUAUAUCACGUGUGUAUAAACACAUUUAUCACGAUGAUUUAGUUUUUCUUUUAUUUCUUAAAUUCACAUUUUCUGUUGCUUUAUGUUUGUGUAUCCAUCUUAGAAAUAAGAUAUGGUUGAAUGGAUUUGUUGAUUCUGAAGUCAGAGGAACAGGCUGUUAUAUUAAAUGGGCACUCAUAAAUAACCAGGUCCACAGAGAUAAGUUGGUGUUUGCAUUAGAAAUGAAGCAGGUGCCAUUUACUGAAUUAUGCACUCUGACUAAUUUGAUGGAUAUUUUUUUAGUAAGCAGUGAAAUUUGUUUGUUUGUUUGUUUCGUUCUGAAAACCACAUGUAAAUAUUUGAUUUGACAUUACAGUAAUGAGCUAAUUUGUUGCAAAUGGCUUUUUAUAAUUGUUAGACCAAACCUGAAUCUUUUUGAAUUUGUUAUUUUAACAGUUUCGCACAUAACAUCAUGCACUAUUUUAAUAUGACAGAACCAGCUGUAGCUCUGUCACACCUUGGGGUCAGUUUUUAGUCGUAUUUCUUUGUUGUUGUCAGUUGAAACUAAGCUUUAAACUUGUUGCCUCCUUGCUUUCCACUAUAUAUUGGUUCAGAUGAAUAUUCAUGUCAUCAUGGGCCUCUAAUUUCAUCCUGGCAGCAAGACAGUGAUCGUAGUCGCAGUUGCAUUUAUAUUGGCCACAAGUCCAUUCUUUAGACUCUGUAUUUGGUCAUUUCAUGGCUCCAAAUGAACCCACUUUCUUUGACUGAGGGUGGGAGUGGUGCAGCUAAAGUUACGUGUUUCUGCAGAAUAAGGAGUCAUACUGGUUGUAAUUUCACCCUAAAAUUGCAUACAAUUUUGUGAACUAUUUUCAUGUUUGUGAAGGCACACACAGACCUGUACAAAACCACAAAAAAGGCGUUUAUAUCUACUGAGUUUUGCCUCCUCCACUGCUAUUUACCUUCUUUUGAUCUAACCUGGAUUUAAAUGCACAUAAAAGACAUCUUGUAGUGUGAUUGAAGCAGUUUGUAAUGGGUUAGGUUAAUGGGUGAUUUGCUUGUAGAUUGUAGGAUAAUUCUGUUUCUGAUGACCAAAACCUGCAGUCAUCAUACAGCAACAGGGGUCAUACAUGUGUGCCCCAGAUAACUGACAAUAAUAAUAAAAAACAAAUUUCAUUAUACUUCAAGCUACUGUCAGUGUUGACUAAGUGCACUGGUAUCAUUAUCUUAUCAAAUAGUGUAAAUUAAAUGUAAAUUCAGCUUUAACAAAAGGGGGGACAUCAGAACAAGCUCGGAUGCAUACUUGUGGAGCUGUUUAUUUUGUGCCUUGCGACUCUGCACCCCCAGUUCCCUCCUUUAUCCUCCUCCUGCCUGUCUGCGGCUUUUAAGGAGGGAUGAGACGAGUUCAUGUGAAUGGUGAUUAUUGAAGCUUGUCCAAACUCCACGUGCUGUUACUGCAUAGUGUAUUCAUCAUGCUACAGCCUUUUCACCACACUGCACUCCCCCUGCAUGGAGCACAUUUGGUCACAAAAUAUUGCAGUAGUCAGUCGGGGCACAUACACAUGCUAAUGACUGCACUUGUCCCCAGUUUGGGGAAAUUAGAGGCCCAUAUCAACUAAAAAUAUCAACUCAGAAUCCCUGAUUGUAAAGGGAUGGAUGUGAAUAUAAUGGCCACUUUGAGUCAUAUCUAAAAGAUCUCCCUUUUUUACUGUGUUGGUUGACAUUUUGUUUUAACUCAUGGUUAUAAUGGUUUUGUUUACCACAGCAGUGAUGAUAGCAGGAUGUGGCCCAGUCCAGUUCUGUCUCUCCUCCUCUGACCCUUCAUAUGUCUUUGCUGUACAGUUUGGCUUUAGCGCACCUCUUAGUUCCUCUGCAAUACUGACACUAGAAUCAAUCAGCCCAAUCUCUAUAUUGUCACAGCGAUGACAACAACAUGUGACACAAUCACUUUUAGUGAUGAUUCUUUCUCUCUUUCUUUUUUUUUCAUUAUAUCUGUUUCUUUUUUUGCAUCUCAGGAAUAUUUUUCAUUCAGAGAUUUUUUUUUUUUUCUUUUUUUAGUUUGUUCAUUUUCUGUCUUAAAUGGGGGGUCUUGUGAGCACUUCUCACUCCGCUAGUCCCUGUAUGCUGACACCAUGUAUUUGUUGAGUUUAAAAUUAUCACAAUGUUAAUAAAAUUAUUCAGUGAUUCUUCAGUAA